AUGCUCAGCAACCAGAACUUUUCCACAAUUGCGACUGAUUGGCUCGAGCAACGGGCGGCUGACGCGGAGCUGCUUCCGGCCGAUGCGGCGGAGGUCCUCUCCAGAUGCUUUGCCACGCUGGGAGGUCGUGGGGGCCUCACAGAAGCCUGGUGCGAGGCCGCUGCACCUGUACUGGCAGCACUCGCCCACCUGCUGCGGGCACGUGAAGGGGACCGCCAGCGCCUGCGUGAGUCCUUGGUCAGUGAGGCCUCCUCUGGAGGGCUUGUCUGGCUGCAGAAGUUCCUCGAGCUGAUGGCGCUCCCAGCGCCAUUUGGUGCGGCGGAGGCUGCUGCUUGUGAGGUGCUGGAGCUCACUUGCCGGGGGGACGAGGAGUUCGUGACUGUCCUUCACCGCCACCAUCUUCUGACGGUGGUGAGCCACCGACUGCUGGCAACCGCCAGACAAGAGGCAGCUGCGACUCCCGGUUGGCGACACUUCGCCACGUUCGGGGUACGCCUCCUCGAAGUGCUCAUGGCAGAGGAGGACACGCAACGUUUUCAGCUGGCGGACCCCGGGCUCUUCAAGCCUGUGUGGGCCUGCCGCGAGAGGCCCGAGGUCACACGCCAGGCACUUCUGGCGAUGCUACCCAGAGAGGAGGCCCUGGGCGGUGCAUCCCCGUUGGAGAUCGGUGCACUCUCCGCCCUUGGCCAGCUCGCACGGCGCAGCGAAGAGCAGGCGCGCCUGAUCGCACGAUCGCCCGCGCUGCAGCAAAGUUUAAAAAUCCUUGACCGCUGUGCUUGCGACGAGGAGAAGGUCGUGGAUGUGUUGCAGUUUCUGCAGCGCGUCCGAAGGUUCGUGCCGGAGGAGGACAUGAGCAAGCUGAAGAUGCCCGUCUCUGCAGCCGCAGCCCGAUUGCCAAGGUCACCGUCGGUGAAGUCGCUGGCGGCGGUCUUGCUAAGCUGA